UGUACCAGCCAAUUUGUUUUGCGCAAAAGAAAGUAGAGUAUCUAGAGGCAAAAUUAGUGCAAACGUAUCUGAAUACGACACGGCAGAAAGAAGACGAAAAAUAUUUGCAACGAUAGCCUUCUUACUGGCUGACGACAAAGUGCGAUAAUUUAACCGACCUACUACGUGCACCUGGUGGCAUUUAUUUAAGUGUGGUUACUUCUGUCUACAAGUGGCAAUUAAUGAAAUUUAUUUUUAUGAAUGAUUUCAUUACAAGCAUGUGAAAAAAAAAAUUAUUUCUCCACAAACGAGAAAUAGAUGGCGCCGCUGGAAGUUAUGUAGUAGCGGCUUUAUGCGGAGACUUAAGUUGACAUUUCUACUCAGCGGCUCACAUUACGAUUUCCUGAAUGAAAAAAAAAUCAUUCAAUCGAUGGCCACAUGGAGUAAAACAGUAAAAUGGUGCAAUACAGAAUUACUAGCCCGGCUAUCACUCGUCGUUGAUACAUUAAACAAAAGGAAUCACUCAGAUCCGGCCAUUAUCAACUCUACAACUAAAAGAAAAAACGGAGUCGUCACCAUAUCAUGGGAAAUCGUCACGAAAUCAAGAAAAGCUAAGAAUUUAGAUAAGAAGGUGGAGACUCAUACUGAGAAAAGACGUUUGGCAUCCAUGGACCCAAAACUAGAGGAGAUUUUGCCUUUGCAUGAGUAUCGCAAUUUAUUGUCUGGCCAAAGAGGGAAAGCCAACUUAUCGCCUGCGGAGUCGGCAAGUUCCUCUACCAAAUCGAAAGAGUCUCCAAGAAAAACAAGUUUCAAAGAAAAAUCAACGAAAAAGGAACAUAUUUUACAGCAACAAGCAAAGUUGAAGCCGGCGGUUUCAAAAGCUAUAAAUAUAGAGUCAGUGCUACGUAAUAUUACAGCAAAUGAUUUCGCAAGCCAAUUGGAGCAGUUAAAAUUUGCUUAUCCUGGUUCCGAGCUUCUUUGGCUUAAAGGCGUUGCAAGUUUUUUCAACGAAAAACUUCUGUUCGAUACCGAUUCGAUAUUUUCGGGAAAAUCAAUGAAUUAUCCGUGCAAUUUAAUAAAUGCAGAACUUAAAACUGCCGUUCUUGAUUUUUUAGAAUCGGUGGGAGAAGAGAAUUUAUCAUAUUUCUACCACACUUUACUAAUUAGUAUGACUACGGAGCUUUCCAAGAAUUUACCAAUUGUGGGUUACAAGUUCAUACUUCAAUUAAUUGGCCGACAUUGGCCACAUGUUGCAUCGAAUAACAUGGCGAAACUUGCUUUAUUACGAAAUUCUUAUCAAAAUAGGCGCAUCAUUUGUUUAAGCAUACUUUGGCCAAUUGGCCAAGGUGGCUUAGAGCAGAUAACAGAGGGAAUCAAAGUCUGGCAAAAUUUAAUGUUACCCACUCUCGAAUUAAAAAGCUAUACAAAAUUCACAACGGAAUAUUUAGAGAAAGUUUUGAGGGCAUCCGAUGAGAGUUGUACCAUAACUUUGAAUCAAAAUGAAUUCUUCUCGUUCGACAACGCAUUAAAAACAAGUUAUUCCAUUCCAAAAGAGAACCAAGAGACCCUAAUAACAUGUGCACAUGGCUUUCUGAUUAAGUACAUUUUAUCCAGCAGCAAGCAUGCAAACAUAUUUCUUACGCUUUUCCGUAAUAUUGUGGAACCAAGCAGAAGUCGCAGUGAGUUAGCUGGAUGUCUUUGUUGCCUUGUAAAUAGUGAAGAUAGCUUUAAAGUAUGGAAGAUGAAUUACAAAAAGCAACUGCUGUCAUCCUUUUUGCUAUUUAAAGAAAUAGAAAGGCAACUGGAUAAUGAUGAUAAAAAUGUUUUAAAGCUGGCUUGUUCCAACCCAUUUCGUACAUUUCUGGAGGAAGCUCAAAAGCUCAAUGAUGAACUAGUUACGUGUUUUUUUUUGCGCUCUUGA